GAGAUUUUGUUCAUUACACAGACAACGCAUAGCUGGGGAUCACAAUGGAUGUGGUAGUGCUGGAUGGACAAUUGGAAAAUUAACUACUGCAGAGAUUUUAAACAAUGCUGAUAAACUAAGCUGUAUACCAUUUCGUCUAAACAGGGUUAAGGUAUUGACGCUUUUACCCACUGAAGAUUCCUGGAUUCUUGAAUUAUUGAACACACAGAAAAGAGUGCAAAGUUGCUUUUCUGUUUUAAACCGCUCAUCUUUAAACUGAAUUUCCAAGAUGGGGAACGGAUUAUCAGAACAGAGGCCCAUUUUGUCAAGCUUUCCAUCUUUUCAGUCCUUCCAUAUUGCUAUUCUGGGCUUGGACUGUGCAGGGAAAACCACAGUUUUGUAUCGACUACAGUUCAAUGAAUUUGUUAACACUGUCCCAACAAAAGGAUUUAACACUGAAAAAAUCAAAGUAACACUGGGAAGUUCCAGAACAGUGACUUUCCACUUCUGGGACGUGGGUGGCCAGGAGAAAUUAAGACCUCUGUGGAAAUCAUACACACGAUGCACUGAUGGCAUAAUUUUUGUAGUAGACUCUGUCGAUGCAGAAAGGAUGGAAGAGGCCAAAACAGAAUUGCAUAAAAUAACAAAGAUAUCUGAAAACCAAGGCGUGCCCGUUCUAGUAAUCGCGAACAAACAGGACCUAAGGAAUUCAUUAACUCUUAUAGAGAUUGAAAAAAUGUUAGCACUACCUGAACUAAGUUCCUCCACCCCCUGGCACCUGCAACCCACAUGUGCAAUCAUAGGGGAUGGACUCAGAGAAGGACUGGAGAAACUUUAUGAAAUGAUUAUAAAACGGAGAAAGAUGUUAAGGCAGCAGAAAAAGAAGAGAUGAUUCCCAGGAAAUAAACUGCAGUUUGCAAGUGAAGCUGUAUUGCUGGUGUUUUUAUUUGACAUAAGUGGAUCCAGGGUCACUGUUUUAGUCAGUUGACUGAAGUCAUGCCCACAAUAAAUGGUUACAGCUAAAGCUGAGUUUUAUCAGUAGUGCUGUGCAAGUUGUAUAAGGUGUAUGAAAGCAAUCCAGAAACUGUUUGCUCUAUUUUAUAAAAUAUGAAAGUUAUAAUUGAAAGCAUUAAACAAUGUACCUGUUCAGUGUUUCAUUAGGUGGAGAAAAUGUUAUUCGCAGAUAAGGUGAAGGUAUAGUGGUCCCAUAUUUUGAGGACUAGAAGCUUGACAUUUUAUAAGCGUUUAUUGUCUUUCAAGUGAAUACUGUUUUGACUUAUUUCUCAGUGAGUACAAUGCUGGUAUCUACCAAAAACCCUCUAUAUUGAUUAUUAAAAAACAUUGCUGCUACCCAUUGAUCAUUAGAUCAGUUGAAGAGAUAGUAUAUUGACACAUUCAUUUGUCUGUUGUUGUGAGAUUUUUUGGAAUUGUAUCAAUCCAUAAUAAAGGCUUUGAAUCGGAAUAAUUGUAUUUUUCUGGAUUCAAGUCAAAGGUACAAGUAUGCUAAAUUUGAAGUGAUAAAAAAAAGCAGGAGACAUUGUUUUUGAUGUUGCUAUUUUAUUUAAAAGGUCAAUAUUCCUAGUUGCAAAUAGAAAGCAUACAUUUUCCUGAUUACUUGGUACAGUAUAAUAAGAAUGUGGAA